AUGAUGGUGGUGGUGACGCCGCAGGACGCCGGCCGGCCGACGGCGCGGUCGGAGCCCACGGAGGUCACCGACGGCGCGUGCCGGUGGGCGGCCCCUAUCAUGGAGGCCACCAAGCUCCCCGCCGGCAAGGACAAGAUCUACCAGUUCCUCGUCUACGAGACCGGGUCGAGCAAGGCGGCGCUGCUGGGGGAGGCCACGGUGAACCUGGCGGAGUACGCCGACGCGUUGAAGCCGUCGGCGGUGACGCUCCCGCUCAAGGGCAGCCCCGGCGCGCUGCUUCACGUGACCAUCCAGCGGGUGGUGGGUGACGCCGGUGGGUGCGGAGACGACGCGAGCGAGAACGGUGACGCCUCGCCGGUGGCAAAGACGCCACAGAGAACCACGCUGCAGAACCAGUUGAGCCGGUUUGAGGACGAGGACGGCGAGAAGGCUAGAGCGGCCACGGAUGCGAUGAGUCCUGUCCAAGAUGGAUUGUUGAUAAGAAAACCUCCAGGCAUGAGGUUUCCAUCAAGAAGAAAUGUGCCUAUGUCUGUUGACCCUGUGGGCCAUCUCCACAAUGGCAGCAGUUUCGAUGCCGUCUCGGUGUCUGGUUCAGAUGGAAGUUCUGGGAGAUAUACCCCCAAGAUUAGCGCAAGCAUGCACAACUCAUUUCUUCAGGAUAGUAGCAAUGCUCUGUCACCAUUUGCCAACAAUGGCACCGUGAGGAACCCAUUGACCAGUUCCGGUGACUGGUCAGGAAGCUCAGCUCCUGAUGCUAGUACUGAUGGGUCAACGAGCAAUUCUGGUGAGGCAGGGUUAAGAGGGGAAGAUGAUGACGUGGAGAAGCUAAGAAGUGAGGUAGCCACUUUAACCAGGAAAUUGGAUGUCUCAGAUAUGGAGUUGCAGACUCUCCGAAAGCAAAUUGUGAAGGAGAGUCGGCGUGGGCAAGACCUCUCCAAGGAGAUGAGUAGCCUAAGGGAGGAGAGGGAUGCACUCAGAAGAGAAUGUGAAGGACUCAGAGGGGCAAAGAAGACGAUCCAUGAUUCAAAUGGCUCAGGGAAACGGCUCUCAGUCUCAGAUGGGGAUGACCCAUGGUCACAGAUUGAAGAACUGAAGCAAGAUCUGAGUCAUGAGAAGAAUCUAAAUGCAGAUCUUCGUCUACAACUGCAAAAGAUGCAGGAAUCCAACUCUGAGCUGCUUCUGGCUGUGAAAGAUCUUGAUGAGAUGUUGGAGCAAAAGAACAGAGAGAUUUCUAUUUUGCAAGAGGAUACACGGGAUGAUCCGCAGGAGGCAGAAUAUGAGCAUGCACUGUCAAAUGUGCACAAUUCUGGACACAAAAUAGCCUUAUCUGAAACGAGUUCAUACCAAGAGAAGGAAGAUGAGCUUAUGCUGGAUGCACUAGCAAAGAAGCGUGAUGACAUCUCUACCUCUGAGCUUGAAAAGAAAAUCCUUGAGUUGAGCAAUGAAAUUGAGUUGUACAAGAAAGAUCGUGAGGAUAUUGAGAUGCAAAUGGAGCAACUUGCACUUGAUUAUGAGAUUCUAAAGCAAGAGAACCAUGACAUAUCUACAAGGCUGGAGCAAACACAACUGAGGGAGCAGCUAAGGAUGCAAUAUGAGUGUUCAGCUCAUUUGGCUAUUAUAAGUGAUCUUGAGGCCAAUGUUGAGAGCUUGGAUAAUGAACUCCAGACACAGGCUAAAAAGUUUGAGGCUGACAUAGCAGAAUUAAUGAGUGCAAGGGUGGAACAAGAGCAACGGGCCAUUAAGGCUGAGGAUUCUCUGAGGAAGAUAAGAUGGAAUAAUGCAACUACUGCAGAACGACUUCAGGAGGAGUUCAAGGUGUUGUCUUCACAAGUAUCUUCUGCUUUCAGUGCAAAUGAACGACACCUUGUGCAAGCAAGAAAAGAGGUUGCGGAGCUGCAGCUGCAGAAGAGCCAGUUAGAAGAGUUACUGCAGAAGGCCCAAGGUGAUCUUGGAUCAGUUCAGGAUCAGCACCGGGUGAAGGUCCAACAGUUAAUAACCCUAGUGGAUUUCAAGUCAAAGGAGAUAGACAGGCUACUGAUGGAGCUAAAAAGCAAGAGUGAGGAGUUCCAUAACCAAAAAAGAUGCGAUGAAGCAAGGCUGAAUGCUCUGUCAGAAGAAAUCGACCUACUCAAUGCCAAGAUUGACAAGCUAUCCAGUGAGAGAAAUGACCUCUUUGAAAAGAAUGAGCAGAAAGAUAAGGAAUUAGCUGGAAUUAGUGAAAAGGACAUGCAAUUGCAAGACAAAAGUGCUGAGAUUACUUCACUAAAUAAAGAGCUUGUAUCUCUCAAGGACCAAGUGAAGAUGCAUUUGGACGAACUACACAAUUUAAAACGUUUGAAGAACGAGAAAGAGGAGACAAUUGGAAAGCUGCAAAUAGAUAUUGGGUCACUGAAACUCCAGUGCGACAACUUGAAAACUUUGCUGUCCAAGAAGGAGUCUGAGAAAGACAGCCUUGCUUCUCAGGUGCUGAAGCUGAGAAGAUCCCUUGAAACCCGGGAAGGGACAAAGGAAAAUGGUCAAAAUUCAGAUGUCAAGGACAAUCAGCAUACUAAUAAUAAGCGCAUCAAGCACAAUACCGGCUCCACUGGGAGCACUACUGCACUGCCAGGCACCAACAGACAGGGUGGAGACGGUGACUGCAACGGGCAUGACAUGAGGAAUGCCGCCGACCAGUCAGCAAAGGAGCUUGCCUCACUGAAGGAGAGGAACGAGGCGAUGGAGGAGGAGCUGAAGGAGCUGCACGACCGGUACUCAGAGAUUAGCCUGAAGUUCGCAGAGGUGGAAGGCGAGCGGCAGCAGCUCGUGAUGACGGUGGGCGUAAGACUGGAUGAGCUUUUUUCUGAAGAGAGGCUCCAGACCAGACAGAGGCUCGCGGAGGCCAGGCCAGGCCAGACAGGCACCCCGGGCGCAGGUGUUUCCUCUGCAGUAGUAGGACUACUGCCAUUUUCUGUUGCUGUUCCAUUAUUGGAUACAGAUGGAAGAUCAGAACAAGAUCACGAUGGGUUACCGGCAUGCAUUUCAGAAGGUGGAACAUCAUCGUGCACACCAGGCCGUAACGAGGAUGUUGUGGCUGGCAUUUCAGAAGCCGGAACAUCAUCCAGCAGAGGCAUGUUCUCACCAAUGGCAAUAGUUACAGAAAGCGAGAACGCUACACCAGAUGCCGAAAAGAAGUACACACAUAAAGAAGACAUUGAUCCUGCCCUCAUUCCUAGGCCUGGGAUGUCAUUCAGAAACCGAAAAGAGGCCAGGGCUUUCUAUGAAGCGUACGCCGAGGAGGUUGGAUUCAAUUUGAGCUAUGGAAACAGUAAAACAUAUUCAUAUAUUAUACAGUGCAGCAAUGAGGGGUUCAUACUUACUUUAAAAAAAAUGAGGAGCUGCGUGUUAGGAACAAUACCACAAAGAAGACACUGCAUGUCGAAGAUGAAGCUUAAAAGAAUUUAUGAUGAAAACAAGAAUGAAAUAUCAGUGGUGAUUGAGCAAGUGGAUCUAAUGCAUAACCAUCCAUGUCUUAAAAAGAAAGAAGAAAUAAUAAAUAUGAGAUCACACAAGGAAAAGGAUCCGGUAUUACUUGAGUUUGUUGAUGACCUCCAAGCAGCGGAUGUCCCGCAUCAUAGUAUACAGAACAUUGUUAGGGACAUGCAUGGGGAGGUGAGAAACGUGCCAAUGACCAGGCGGGAUCUUGAGAACAGGAAGGCGGCUAAUGUGAGGGCAGAACAUGCCAAUGACAUUGCGAAGCUUCUAGAAUUCUUUGAAGACUGCAAGGCGCAGAACCCACAAUUUUGUUGUCAUUUGUAA